AAAAUUUGGUUUGUUUUUGUUGAUUAUUUGACAGUGUUUUGCAGUUUUGCUACUUACGAUUUAGAUAUUCGUUAAUAAUUAUAAUUAAUUAUUGUCCUCUCAUAUAAAAAUUGAGAAUAUUUUAAUCUGGGAAUUAAAUUUAAAUUUCUAUUAGAAGUAAAUUAGAUGUCAGCAAUGAACAAUUUGCUUCUCUAACAAAAAAUCUUUUAAAUCAUUUUAUAACCUCUAAAUUAACACGCUUUUCCCUUCGUUAGUUAAUCUGCGGUUUAUAUUUUAUAGAAGUUUUUAAAAGAAAAAAAAUAAACCAUGCCGAAUAAAUUACUUGUUGACGAUUCACUUUUAUAUAACAAUCUUCAGAUCGUAAAUGAAAAAGAUGAAUUCUCGGAGUUACUUAAAACUUUGGACAGACCAAAUGUUCCUUUUGUGCUUGUGAAACCUAUGCCAGGUGUUUGUGCAAAAAUGCGAACAGAAACAGGCGAAAAAGGAUUUAUAAACAUUUGUCACACUGAAAAUAUACCAGCUCCUGAAGAUAUUUCCGAUGAAAAAUUAGUUAGUGUUGCAACAAGCGAUAAUCCAACUUUUGUAAUUCCAAUGUCAAUCGGCCAAGAAAGACUCGAGUCUGAUAAAGGUGGUUCAUUAUGUCCCGCAUAUGACAUAGCAAUAAAUACACAAUUUUUUCUCAAGUGUCAAGAUAAUAAGAUUUUUAUGAUCUUUACAACUCAAGUAAUGGUGGACGCAAUAAAUAAGAAAUUUGCCAAAACUUAUGAAUACGACAACUGUGUAAUACUUAAAAACCGAAAGGUUUUAGGCAAAUUACAACAACAUCGAAUUGAAAAACGCGAAGUAAGAAAACCUCAAUAUCCAAAAACAUUGAUAGAAGAUGUGACAAGUAAUUCAAAAUAUGAGACGAAAAUGAAAUCAACAACUAAAAUAAACAAUGAGAAAAAAUCUUUAACUAAAAACGCAGCAAAGGAAGUAAAUGAUAAAAGAAGAAACUCUGACUAUGUUAUUCUUCAAACCCCGGCGAAUGGAAAAGCAAAAAAAUUAAUUGCUCUAUUUAGAAUUCCCGUAUUGGUGUUUGAAAAUAUAACGGUAGAAAUUGGUGAAGAUCGAAUAAUUGUCGAGUCGAAGGAUUCAAAUUAUUUAGUUGACGUUUUCACUCCUUAUGCAGUGAAUAAAGAAGAAGCUUAUGCUGAAUUAGAUCCAGAUUUAGGGAUUUUACGAUUGAAUUUGCCAGUGAAGUGUUGAGAGGUUUGAAAUACAAUAUUCCAUUUACUUCAGUAUUAGAUUUAUUUUCGUUACGUUUUCGUUAAAUUCAAUUUAACGUGCAUAAUGUGUAUUUUAUUUUCUCAUUAAAACUGCUUAAAUACUAAAAAGUCAUAUAAAAAAAUGCAAAGAGAAACAUUUCUUAAAAUAUAUUUACAUAAAUGAAAAA